CUCUGCCGGAAACAUGGGACGCUUUUGAAGCGGAACGUUUCUGAAAUUUUUCUGGGACCUUUCUACUUUCAUCUCCAAAAUACAGAAGCGAGAAAUAUUAACUGCUGCUAAUAACACAUCAUCUAUUUCUUGCCAUUGCAGGCUUUGGCAGCUAAUAAUACCCCUUUCUUCUUCUUCAAAACCUCAUUUGACGUAGAUUUCAAGUUCCCGUCGUUCUUAUUUCAUACUCUCGCGCCCUCGCAUCCUCGUCAUAAAAGAUCUUCUGCCGAUUCUUGCCGGCGCCCAAUUUCCCGCAAGAGCUACAUAUCAACCUUCACAAUGAUGUCAAGACGACUUCUCACCGCGACGCGGGUUUUGCGCCGGCCCAUCCAACAGCAGCCAUUACGAGGAAACCUCCCCCUCCCAUUGCUAAUGGCCCAAGUUCGCACCUAUGCCCACAUUUCUGUCAAAGUCCCUCAAAUGGCCGAAUCUAUCACUGAAGGUACUUUGAGACAAUGGAACAAGAAAGUCGGUGACUAUGUUGAGCAGGACGAAGAGAUCGCGACAAUUGAGACGGACAAGAUCGAUGUUGCUGUAAACGCCCCCGAGGCCGGUGUAUUAAAAGAGUUGAUUGCCAACGAGGAAGACGUCGUUGUUGUAGACCAAGAAAUUGCGAAGAUGGAAACAGGUGCAGCACCCGAAGGUGGCGAAAAAUCUGAGGCAUCCAAAGAAGAGCCAAGCAAAAAGGAGGAGGCUUCCACUGAAUCGCGCCCUGCGCCCGCGGAAGAAGAGAACAAGCCAGAACCACCAAAGCCCGAGUCGAAACCUGAGCCUAAGCCAGAGCAGUCUAGGCCCCAUCCACCACCAGAACCCAAGAAAGAGGCAUCUCCUAAACAAACUCAACCUGCGAAGGACACCUCGUCAACCUCUGGUCCCGUCUUGGGAAGCCGAGAGGAGCGACGUGUCAAGAUGAACCGCAUGCGCCUACGAAUUGCCGAGCGCCUAAAGCAAUCUCAGAACACUGCUGCAUCGUUAACAACAUUCAACGAAGUCGAUAUGUCGUCCCUCAUGGAGUUUCGCAAGUUAUACAAAGACGAGGUUCUGAAGAAGACAGGUGUCAAGUUGGGUUUUAUGAGUGCGUUCUCGCGCGCCAGCGUUCUGGCCAUGAGAGAUCUUCCCGCCGUCAACGCUUCGAUUGAGGGCGAAAAUGGCGGGGAUACAAUCGUAUACCGGGACUACGUCGACAUCAGUGUGGCCGUUGCGACCGAGAAGGGUCUUGUCACUCCCGUUGUGCGCAAUGCUGAAUCCAUGGACCUAGUUGGUAUUGAGAAGGCCAUCGCGGACAUGGGCAAGAAGGCUCGAGACGGCAAGCUUACCAUCGAGGACAUGGCUGGUGGUACAUUCACCAUCAGCAACGGAGGCGUCUUUGGCUCUCUCAUGGGUACCCCUAUUAUCAACCUCCCCCAGAGCGCCGUAUUAGGUCUCCAUGCUAUCAAAGAGAGACCCGUAGCUGUAAAUGGCAAGAUCGAGAUACGACCCAUGAUGUACCUUGCUCUAACUUACGACCAUCGUCUUCUCGACGGUAGGGAAGCUGUCCAAUUUUUGGUUAAGGUUAAGGAAUACAUUGAAGACCCCCGGAAGAUGCUUUUGGGUUAGUUGGUGUAAGGACCAGUAAUCAGUCUACCAAGGUGGAGGCUUGAAGUCAUUGCUAAAGUGUAUAGUACAGCGGUUAUCCCGCGUGUCCCUUGUGGGCAGCAUCAAAUAAAUAUCUUGAACAAGCGGGAUCAUGAUUGUUUCAACCCUAGUGUGCAUCGUUUCCUCGGCGUACAUCCCUAUCUUUUACUUGGUCUUCUACAUGGCAAUGAAAACGACUGUCUAUAUGGAGGAUCGGUACCAAUAUAAGUCUAUAGGCGCGAUGAGAUUUGAUGCUAAGUAAUAUUACUAUUUAACAAUAAGAUAGAUAUUUGGUACUCUAUGUGUAUCUUAAGACUUGUAGCAAUUAUACCCCUUUUUGAGUAGAGGAUUAUUUAAUAUCUGUCACAGUAUGCUACAUUUGAGUAAGACUAUACUGACACCACUUGAAAAACAUGCUGUGAUCCUAGGUUAAGGGGUGGGGG